AUGUCUGCCCCCGCCCCCGUUCCCUCGAAAGCCGCGAUUCAUGCACUUCGAGGUCUUCUCUUUGGGACUUCUUGCUCUCUCGUCCUCUUAGCGGAAGAGCGUCGCCAGCGAAUCAAGAUAGCACGAUCAGCAGUCGAGAAUGGCAGAAGACUGAAGUCUUUGAAACGAUACAGCACCAGUGGCGUCGCUGCUCUCGAGGCUCUCCAGGAAGAGGUCGCCACUGACCCAAAUUUCGUCAGCUGGCCAACACGGUCUCGGAGUCGCGACUCCUCACACGAACACGGCAGAUUGGUGUUCGAUAGCUCAUAUCUGGAUCAACACGUCAACGAAACCAGCCCAGACGCACGACGCCCAACAAGGGCAGCAAGCGAACGAGAUCUUCCACAAAAGACGAUAGACAAGCGAGAGACAACGCAAAAGAGUGGCCGGCCGACCUUGAACGCUACGCAAAGACAUAGGCAUGAUCCCUUUGUGUCCCGUUUCUCAUCCGCAACCCCUGCGAUACAGGACUUGUCUGCUCGAGACUGCGUUUCAAGGUCGUGUGGAAACCAACCAAAUGGAGGGCCAGCACAAAAGAACGCCAUUGAUCUGGCGGUAGAACGUGUAUUAAGCAACCACCAUGGUGUUAUUUCUCAGACUGCUGGGUUAGAGGAACUGCUUCGCAACUCGACGUCUAUACGGCGCGAAAAUGACAUACCACCCGCCGCCCUGAAUCUUGUUGCUCGAGCCUAUCGGUUUGUGGACCAGUCAAAAAUGCUGCCUGAAUGGUUUUCGGAAUUGUCUUCGCUGCUAUCAAAAGCUUGCUCCCGGUGGAGCGAUUUUGGAAGUGCCGGAAAGAUACUGGAAUUUGCGGUCCAUCACAAAGUGGCCACUGAGAACGACGCGCUGGCGGAGUGUGUUCUUGAGUUUGCCACAUCCCUCGUCUCGCCAACGACGCACCAACCUCAAAAUGACGAAACUGCCACCGAACGAUUACAAGCAGCGGCAAGGCUGUAUGUUAGCAACUUGCUGUUGCCGCCGCUGGAGAAAUCGAAAAUACGGUCUGGCUACGUGAAAGUGGGCAAGGACUUGAUCAGUCAAGCCUUGGCAGAGGAGGAUGCGCGCCCUAUUGACGUUGUCCAAAUCUUUCAACAAGUUUCUAUUUGGAGUUUCGACAAGCUUGGAACCAUGGUCUGGUUCAUGAGGCAACUCUUCGAGCAUCAGCAGCAUGCACUGGCCAUCGACACAUUUAUCGGAAUCUUCGCCAAGUUAAAAAAGACCUCUACAUACUCUAAGCGUCUCUGCAUGGACGUUGUCAACUCAGUCGUUGCAACUGGAGGCUACCAGUGUCGCGAAGUUCUUCAGAUAUUCAACCUGCUGAGGGAGCGCGAUGGAUGGGACGUGCCAUGGAAAUGGUUGGAAGACUUCAUCUGGGUGAGUUGGAAGUCGACACGCAAUUUCACGGAGACGCUUCAGCUUUUUGAAGACGCAAGGGAUCACGAUUUUUACGGUAUCCAAGACACUCUCGAAAUUCGAUCGAGGAUGGUGCGAGUCUGCAUCGAGGCUAAACAAGCCGAGAGAGCAGAUUUGCUCAUGGAGGAACUUAUAUCUAUAUACCCAAAAGCUCAAACUGAUAUCAAGAUACUCGGCCAAUUCACCCUUCAAAACGCCAAGCAGGGGAAUUGGUUCGGAGUCUUCAGCGAAUUUGAGGCGAUGAAGACAGUGCAAACGGCCAACCCUAACAACGAACGGCACUUUCGUCGCGUAUUUGCGGCCGUACUAGAAACGUAUGCGAAGACUCACACUUGGGGCGAGGUCGAGACUUUCAUGGAAACGUACAUCUCGGAAUUCGGAUUAGGCCUUGACCGCCACCUGGUCACAUUCAUUGCCGACAGACAUGCAAAAUGUCGCGACACGCAGGCGCUGAAGCGAUGGCUGGUAUUCUGUAUGGAUUCCGGCUACACCGCCGACGGCAAAUUCUGGACCGCAAUGUUGGUCAGUUGCCGCAGAAACUGGAAGUAUAACGAUAAACAGCUGUCCGACCUGUACCAUGCCAUGAAAGGUGCUGGCAUUAGCACCGCCUUCCCUGGCCUCGAUCAAUGUUACAAAAACCUGACGAAUACCACAAGCCCCCGGGCCAAACAAGUCCGGUUGAGAGCUUACAUGGCAAGCCCUGCCCACGAGGUGGGUGCCUUCGAAUCCAUGAGAGCGGAUGCACAGAUUGGGAGGUGGAAUAGUGUGCUGGCUCUUUAUAAGCGUGCGCUGCACAACGGCAUGGGUCACACGAGUCGUUGUCUUAAGUUGGCAGUCAGAGCUGUCGUUGAAACCGAAGGCCCUCGAAGUAGACAGGCCAUGGCACUCCUGAGUAGUGCGCAGUCUGAAGGUUGCGACACCAACGAGGCCAUGUAUCCCAUCGUCCACGGCCAACUCGCCGAAAUCGAAGAGCGCCGCGCCGGGAUGGCGGGUGAAGACGGCCGAAGUAUGGUCUACCCUGAGAUCAAGGCCGUCUUCGACGACCUCCGCCUCAAGGAUAUCCACAUCGACGACGGCUUGUUCAAUCGCGCCGCUCGCAUCUGCGAGAAACUGCGCAACUACCGGGAGAUGGUCCAAUUCUGCAUUAUCGCGGCCGAAGUCAACGGUCGCGGUGACCUCUGCUACAGCGUCUACAACUUCAAUAACCUCCUCGCCGCCUACGUGAUCCGACACGAGUAUGGCAAGGUGCGCUGGCUGCUCGCCGAGCUCAUGAAACGCGAGUACCGCACCUCCAAGGAGGUCAGGUACCGCCUCUACUGGGCGGUGCAGUACCUCCGGAAGAGCGCCGAGGCCGACAAGGACGAGGCGCUCAUCCAGUCCGAUAAUGAAAUACUGGCCCUUGUCCACGAGGUCCGCACGGCCUUGAGAAAGGAGAACCUCGACCAGAAGGCAGAGGUUAAGAAGGUCCUCGUCGACGCCAUGUCCCAUGCCGCUUCUAAACCCAAGACCACCAGCAAGGCUGAUAGUCUCGCACCGGCGGCCUUUGGACAAGAGCAAGAGCUGUCCACGAUGAGCGAGGACGAAGACAACGGUACCGGUGCGUCUGCGCCUGCACCUGCUUCCGCACAGCCGACCCUGGUUAGGAGGGUUCAAAGCAAGCGCGAGGUGCCUGUGGACUCUUCGGCAAGGCCCAGGGGUUUGAACGGGGCCGAGUCGCAGCCAGGCAAGAAAUCUUACUCGUGGAGAUCGACUACACUUAGAUAG